UGCAGAAAUGAAUUUCCGAUAUUUCGAUUGAUAAUUUGAUAAUUGUGUUAAAGUUCAAUUAGAACGCAUAAAAAAAGAGAAACUCAUAUCUGAAUUACUUUUCAUUUUCAAUACUUGAACAAAGCGUUUUCCAUUUUUGAUAUUAGUGAUUAAACAAUGAGAAUGCGGAAGAAACGUUUAACCAUUCGAAGUGAUAAUGAUUUGUUGACGAAUUAUUUACAUAGAUCGACUGGAGCAGUUUAAUCUAAUACUUCAUUUCGUACAUUAGUAUCCUAACAGUAAUAAUAUGUCCACUUCUUAGAAUAAUUGUCACGAAAUUCAGUUUAUUAAAGCUUGAUUAUUCUUUAAAUUUGUUCAUAAAUAUAUGAAUAAAUAACAUUAACAAUAACAUUAAAAAUAAAAACAUAUUGUAAUAAGUGUAUAAUUGAUUUGACAAAACAAAAAUCAUCAAGUUUAAGAAAUAAAUUAUGUAUUGAUGUGUUAUUUCGAAUCAAAAAGUGAAAAAAAUAAAGACGUCGCGUGUUUGGAUUAAAAAACAAAAAAGAAGUUAAAGAAGUUAAUAUAAGAAAGAAGUAAUGGAUGAAAACGAGAAACAAAACAAAUUGGAAGUGAUAGAAGAAAUAGUGGUGAAAGAUGCUGUGUUUUCUACCGACACAAUAGAUAAAAAAUCUCAAGCGUACAAACAAUCCAAUACUUAUGCCGCAAAAAAAACUGUAGCACAAGGUAUGAUGGAUGUUGCCCUAAUCACUGCCAAUGCGAAUCAAUUAAGAUAUCUGAUUGAGUAUCAACGAGAGAGCCCUACAUUUUAUUUAAUUAUGAGUUUAAUAAUCAUCAGUCUUUUUCUUCAGGUGGCUGUAGGAAUCAGUCUGAUUUUCAAAGGUCGAUUUGAUAUAAAAGGACAAUCAAAGUCAUUACAAGCACGAAAAAUCAAUAAUUACGUAGUAAUCGGUGUUUUUCUAAUAACUAUUAUAAAUGUAUUUAUUGCCGCAUUUAGCAUAUCUGUUCCUACUACUUUACCACAAAUAACAAAUAAUAAUAAAAUAUAAAUACACUUUUUAUAUUGAUCUUUGAGGAAAAAAACUCUCUAUUUUUUCUUCUUUCUUUAUAUAUAAAUGAUUGAUAUUAAAAUUAAAAUUGAUAUAUAAAAGAAACAAAUUAUAGUUUUAUAA